CAACUCUCUUACAUUACUUCUCCCUUACAAAACAUUUGCUUGGGAAACAAAAGAAUACCCUUCUCUCAGAAAAGAAUAAAAAACAAAUAAUAUAAUAAUAUUCACAAUGACUGAGGUUUUGGAGGUCAACAAUGCUAGCAUGCAGGCCUUGGCCUCGUAUCUUCAACAGACUCUGGAUCCUGCAACCCGCCACGAAGCCGAACAAUUCCUGGCGAAGGUGCAGCAGAGUCAGAAUUUUGGGCAAUUGGUCUUGCAGCUUAUUGCCACAAAGUCAUUCGACAUGCACAUCCGCUUCGCUGCAUCCUUGCUCUUCAAAAAUUUUGUCCGCAGGAACUGGAUGGCUGAUGAUGAUGGCGACAGCAAGAUCUCGCUUUCAGACAGGGAGGCAAUCAAGAACAGGAUCGUGGAUUUGAUGACCAUUUCUGAGGCCAGGAUUCAACUCCAGCUUUCCGAUGCUGUCACUCAAAUCGCUGACAGCGAUUUUCCUCAAAAAUGGCAGGGCCUCAUUCCUGAACUCGUCAGUAAGCUUAACCUUAACGACUUUGUCACCAACAAUGGCUUACUUCAGACCGCGCACUCUAUCUUCCAAAGGUGGCGACCAUUGUACCCUUCUGACAACCUUUACACUGAAAUUAAGAUUGCCUUAGAAAGCUUUUGCGACCCUUACUACAAGCUCUUUAUGGCUACUGACAAUAUGAUCCAAAGCAACUCGCAAAACGCAGCUCAAUUGAAGGUCCUCUUUGAGACUCUCCACUUACUUACAGAGAUUUAUCACGACCUGAAUUGCCAUGACAUUCCUGAGUUCUUCGUCACACACCUUCAGGAAUUUAUGAGCUUCUUCCACAAAUACAUGACAUAUGACAAUCCAUUGCUUUCAGGAGAGGAUGAGGACACUCCUGGACCCAUUUUGCAGGUCAAAGCAUCAAUCUGCGAGGUCGUCGAGCUUUACAGCAAACGCUACGAAGAGGACUUUACCUCCUUGCCAGAGUUUAUUCAGACUUCAUGGACUCUUCUGACGACUUUGGGGUUGGAACCUAAGAAUGAUAUGCUGGUUAGCAAGGCUAUGUCAUUUUUGACAUCUGUAGUAAAGAAUGGGCGACAUAGAAGUAUGUUCAGCUCGACUGAUGUUCUCUCUCAACUGUGCGAGAAGGUUGUAUUACCUAACAUGGGCCUGAGAGAAUCUGAUGAGGAGCUUUUCGAAGAUGAGCCGAUUGAAUACAUUCGACGGGAUCUAGAGGGAUCAGAUAGCGAGACUCGUCGUAGGGCUGCAACAGAACUCGUACGUGGGCUUUUGGAUCAAUUCCCUACAGAAGUCACUGCCAUCAUUACCAACUACAUUCAGCACUAUCUUCAGAGAUAUAAUUCUAAUGUGGCACAAAACUGGAAGGACAAGGAUGCAGCGAUGUUCUUGCUGACGAGCAUUGCGGCAAAGAGCGUAGGAUCACAGUUUGGUGCUCGUGAAACGAACACUGAGGUCAAUAUUUUGGACUUUUUUGAAAAGAACGUGAUCCCCGAUCUUAAUGCCCCAGUGUCUGGGGCCAUCCACCCUAUUCUCAAAGUCGAUGCUAUAAAAUACCUGUACACUUUCCGCAGUCAAUUUUCAAAGGAUCAGCUGCUAGCCGCACUUCCCCUUCUUAUUAGGCACCUGGAAAGUACAAACUAUGCCGUCUAUACCUACGCCUCAAUCUGCAUUGAACGUAUUUUGUUCAUGCGUGCUUCAGGAACCACGGGUCCUAUGCUAUUCUCAUCCGAUGAUAUUGCCCCACUUGCUGAGACUCUGAUCUCUAAUUUGUUCCGCCUUAUUGAGCUUGGACAGACCCCCGAAAAGUUGGCCGAGAAUGACUAUCUCAUGAAGUGUGCUAUGCGUGUUGUUCUCACUGUGCGGGAAAAGAUGAUGCCACUGGUCAGCCUUUGCUUAGCUCGCCUUACAGCCAUUGUGCAGGCUGUUAGCUCUAAUCCUAGUAAUCCCAAAUUCAACCACUAUGUUUUUGAGAGCAUUGGAGCACUUAUCCGGUUCAUUUGCAACGCCAAUCCCGAGGCAUCUGAGCAGUUUGAGAACCUUUUAUUUCAGCCCUUUCAGGUCAUUCUUCAACAGGACAUCGCAGAAUUUACACCUUAUGUCUUCCAGCUUCUGUCACAACUCUUGUCCUACAGUACUCGGGCAGAGCUUUCCCCAUCAUAUCAGGCUAUGCUUCCACCUCUUGUUCAGCCUAUGCUCUGGCAACAGCAAGGUAAUAUCCCUGCUCUAGUCAAGCUACUUCAGGCGUAUCUGCAAAAAGGAGCAAGUUGGGUAGUGGCCAAUAAUCAUUUGGAGCCUAUUUUGGGUGUAUUUCAGAAGCUGGUUUCAUCAAAGAUCAACGAUCACCAUGCCUUUGAGCUCCUGCAGUCCUUGAUUAUCUAUGUUCCUAUGUCUGUGUUGGGCACUUACAUGAAGGCUGUUCUGAUCAUGUUGUUGACUCGAUUGCAGAACCACAAAACUGACAAGUUCAAGAAGGGCUUUGUGAAUUUUUCAUUCUUUUACAUGGCGUUGGAUAAGGAGGGCACUGGCCCAGAUGCUUACUGGGCACUGUUUGAUACCGUACAGGCAGGGCUGUUUGUGCAAUUCCUUAAGACUGUGUGGUUAGCAGAGGCCCAGAAGGUUGCAGGACGAAUUGAGCGCAAGACAUGUGCAGUGGCAUUGGCGCGUCUUGCCACAACUUCACGAACCAUUACUGAGGGAACGAAUUUUGAUGCUGCAUGGCCUGCGGUGAUGACAGCGCUGAUCAAGUUUUUUGAAGCACCUCAAGAUGUGCGAGGAGCAGCAGUAGAUGCGGCAGAGGAUGAUGAGCUGUAUGGAAUCGAUAUAGAGGAAAGCGGAUAUCAAGCACAGUUCUCUCAACUUACGACAGCAUCAAGCUCCAAGGUUGACCCAACGGCAGCAGUGCAAGAUCCCAAACAAUUCCUUGUUGAAGGUCUUGUGCGAUUUAACCAGGCGUACCCUGGGUGUUUCCAGCAUGGUCAAGUCCAGCUUCAACCCGAGACACAGAAUUUCUUAGCAGCCUACCUGGCAGCUGCAGGAGUAUCGUUGUAAAGAGACAACGUUGUGUAAUUCCAUGGGUAAAAUGAAUUGAGUGUGGUGAUCGUAUAAAAACAAGUAGACAAAUAAAUAAAUGAUCG